AUGGACAAGGCAUGGAGGCUACUUAUUGGAAAUGACAAGUUCACAGUAUCAAGUGCAUGGGAUAAGCUCAGACAGAGAAAGGAUCAUAACUGGUUUUUGCAGCAAAUAUGGACUAAAGGAAUAUGGAAAACAUUCUCAGAUGCAAUAGGAAUGUGUGGCCUUUUUGUUCAAGUGAAGCAAGCAGUCAAGAAGUGGUGGGAUGCAAAAUGUUCAGUCAAGUUGAAGCCAUUAUAUCAGGCAACACCUGCUAUUAUAAUAUGGCAGCUAUGGACAAGAAGAAACACAGUUCUGCAUGGAGGGACAAUGUCUAAGUACAAGUGGACAAGUCCAUCUCAGGGAUGGUUUAAAUGUAACAGUGAUGGUGUAUCAAAAGGAAAUCCUGGACCUAGCUCAUUUGCAUAUUGUGUUAGCGACAGUGUAGGGGAGUUCAUUCAUGCCAAUGCAAGGAGAAUAGCAGAUACACAUUGUCUUGUAGCUGAGGCAAAAGCAAUGUACAAUGGUACACUGAACUAUAAUAAUUUUCAGGAAAUACCAGUACCUGCUAAGAUGUUGGUUAAUAUUGAUAAAAUGCACAUUCCAUUAUUCAGAUUCAAGACAAUAUAUACAAGGGAGCCAGAUUGA